GUGGAAAUGAAGCAAGCGCCAUCAACUCGUGUGAUGGCGAUAGACUUCUGGCUCAUCUUGUCGAAAAGAGAGUCUUGAGUAGCGAAACAUGGCAUCAACCGAUCCAAGGCCCCUCGCCAGACAUUGGCCAGACGAGAUAUUCUAAAACACCCCUGGCAAGCAUCGUCAUUCAACGCCGCUGCCGAUAGACUACAGAAACAACGUGCCUGCCGUGCCUCCAGCUCACUGCAUUGUGCUGCAGCUGCAGGGUGCAUACAUAUAGAUACAUACAUAACAUCAACAGUCACGCUCCGCCCGCAUUUUAUUACAUUACAUGCUCAGGACCCCUCUCAUCCAUCCUUGGGCCUUGGACCACGCCGUCUAGUGAAUAUAAGCUAAGCUAAAGCUACCUUACCUGUUUGUUACCCGGCUUUCUCUGCUGUUUUAACUUCAUUACAUCCGCAACCUCUUCCCGUUUUGAAGCUCCACCCUCAUCUCUCUCCCUGCACCUCAGCUCAACCACUUGUCAACUGGUUGUCUUUGAUAAUUAGCGCAAGCGCUCAGUUUCUUGAAGAACAAGAUCAGGUCUGUAGAAGACGCAGUCACCGAUACCGAAGGCAUUUGUUGCAAUAAAGGUGCGCUCUUUAUCUCAUGGUGCCCCUCUUGCCCUCCUCUCUCUGCAUAAGCGUUGCCUAUAAGCGCGCGCCUUUCUACGCAACGACGCGCGGCAUCUUGAUCACAGAGAAUAGUGACCCUGAUGCCGGGGAGGUUAUCGAGGACUCUGUUUACCCUCUGUGGAUACGAUCCUGUGCAAGCCUGUUCCUCUGCGGCGCAUCUACAACCAUUAUGACAAUCUUUGUUUUAGUGAUCUAUCGUGAACAGAAGCUGACGUCUGAGCUAGAACCCACGAUCCAAUAUGUCUAAGCUUUUCAUUGGUGGCCUAGCAUGGCACACAGAGGAAGCUACUCUGCGUCAGAAGUUUGAGGAGUUCGGCCCUGUCGAAGAAGCUGUAGGUAACUCUGUUCCUUUCUUUCCUUCAAGCAAAGCGCUCUUAGUUCUGCAUAUCUGUGGCUCUGAUGCGGGUGUUUGUUGGACCAUAAGAUCACUUCUAACGAUGGAUAUGGAAAGGUGGUGGUUAAGGACCGUGAUACCGGCCGCAGCCGUGGCUUUGGAUUUGUGCGAUACACCCAGGAGGGCGAUGCUCAGAAGGCCAUCGCAACCAUGAACAAUGUCGAGUACGAGUCACUUUUGUUCCUUGUUUCAUGGCGGAUCUGCUAUCUCAUUCUAAUACAGAAUCUAAUCAUAUCCAGGUUUGACGGACGAACCAUUCGAGUUGACAAGGCAUCCGACAAUGGCCCCCGAGGCGGCUUCGGCAGAGGAGGUGGGUACGGGCGAGGCUUUGGGGGACCAGCUCCGUACGGAAUGGCUCCGCCUGGACACGGCUACCAAGUCCCUGCUCCGAACAUGUAUGCGCCUAUGCCUUAUGGCCGGGGAUACCCUCCUCCCCAGCAAGCCUACGGCGCUCCCCCCCAAGGUACGCUGAGAAUGAGGCACGGAGGCAAUUCAUAACAAUGCUAAAUUACAUAUAGGAUUCAUGCCUCAGCAGCAGUUUGGGUACCCUGAUCCUUCUCAAAUGCCUCCCCAGCAACAACACCCUCAGGGUGGAAGGGGAUAUUAGUUGACGUAACUUGAGGCCGGAGUGGAGUGCGUCACAUUGCGCUCGAAACGUUAUCGAUGGGGCCUUGAGGAUUGGAAUUUCAAUGGCGGUUGACUUCGAUGACUUCGGACUCCUGGGCUUGCGGAUUCUUUGUACGACUGGAUGAUAAGGUCAGGCAUUGGUGAGCAUAUUGAAACGCAGAAUUAUACCCAGGCACUUCGGUUGAGGCGUGAUUUUUAGGGGGCAUGGCAUGGCAUUUGGGCUGGUAUGGUUUGCCAUCUUGACACGGCCGUUUUACGAAUGAACCUUGUGCGAAAAAAUGAUGAGGGAUUGCCUCGAUAGGGCAAGAACAAAAAUGCGAAAUGGCGCUGCAUGCGACCUGUUCCUUUUGAUUACGUGUGCUUUGAUACGUGAAUACCGCUGGCUAACCGAGACUGAACUUGGUGAAAGUUGUGGAGCGAUGGCACGAAGCAUGAGGAUUGGCAUCUAACUGCUCAUUAUAAGUAUGCUACUCAUCAUGAGGAUCUAUCGUCUAUUUAUAUGCGCUUGCUGAGAUGUCUGUGUAUUUGAUGCAUUGUCCGUUUCUUAGUGAUGUGGCUCUUCGAUCUCCUCGGCUUCUUCAGUACUGUGCUUUUGUUGAUGGACUGAAGUCGUUGGGUUGAGGAGUUUAGUUUCAUCCUCACAAUUCUUCUCAAGUUCCCUGACACGGCGGGCCAGAUCAUGGAUGUGAUGAUCGCCACUAUCGGGAGCAAGCUCGCUGAGGGCGGUAUCGAGACUCAACAGGUAGUCUUUGUUCAGGCCACUGGGCCCUUGACUGCGGAAGAUGUGCUCGGCGAGCUCCUGGGGCUCCUGGGGGCCGACAAAUUGCUCAUUAUCUGGAGUGCCGAUGUAGACCAGAGUGCGAAUAGGGGGGGAGCCAUCGGCAGGAUGGAAUGGAGCGUAGUGAAUGGUGUAGCCGUUGAUCUCGCGAAUAUCGAGAUACUCCUUGACUUCGGCUACUUUCUCAGGAAUGAUACGGUAU